AUGACUUCUCACGAGCCAAAGGCCGCCAUGGCCAAAGACAUCGAGACCACCAACACCAGCCCGCCGUCCGAUGACUAUGUCUCCGACACCAAGGAGCCCGAGGUCGGCACCACCGCCGUCCUCUCCGCCUCCAACCCCAAGGCCAUGACCGACGCCGAGUUCGCCACCGCCGGCGCCAUAGAAAACAUCGACAAGGAGUAUACCAUUGACUCGGACAACUCGCCCUGCGCCGAAGUGCGCGCAAACGUUCCCAACACCGACGACCACCAUCUGCCCAUCAACACCCUGCGCAUGUGGGUCUUGGGCCUCGUUGGCUCUGGCAUCAACCAGUUCUUCUCCAUGCGCUACCCGAGUGUGACAAUCACUUCCCUGGUCGCCCAGUUGGUCUCAUACCCGCUGGGCUGCGCCGUGGCUAAAGCUCUGCCCGUCAAGACGGUGCGCGUCUUCGGCUACCCGCUCGUCAUCAACCCGGAUCACCACUUCAACAUCAAGGAGCAUGCCGUCAUCACCAUCAUGUCCAACCUGAGCUUCGGAACUUCCUGGGCGACGGACAUCAUCCAAGCCCAGAAAGCCUUCUACCACACCGAUGCCGCCGUUGGCUACCAGUUCCUGCUGGGCUUGUCUAUGCAGCUGUUUGGUCUCGGUUUGGCUGGCCUCUGCUACCGCUUCAUCGUCGAGCCGCCGCAGAUGAUCUGGCCGUCCACCCUUGCCAACGCCGCACUCUUCGAGACGCUGCACAGCCGCGCGAAUCCCAUCGCCGACGGCUGGUCCAUCUCUCGAUACCGCUUCUUCCUGUAUGUCUUUGUCGGAGGAUGGUGCUGGUACUGGUUCCCUGGCUUCAUUUUUACCGGCCUGAGUACCUUCGCCUUCAUCUGUUGGGCUGCUCCGAACAACAAAGUCCUGAACAACCUGUUCGGAAUGUCCACCGGCCUCGGCUAUCUGCCCACCACCUUCGACUGGAGCCAAGUCGCCUACAACGGCUCUCCCUUGGUCGUUCCCUUCUGGGCUCAGGCGAACGUCUUCAGCGGUUGGCUUUUCCACUUCGCCCUUGUGGCGCCCAUUCUGUACUACACGAACACCUGGUGGACCAGCUAUCUGCCCUUGUCUGGAUCUGACUCGUACGACAACACCGGCCAGGUCUACAAUGUGACCAAGAUUGUGGAUGCGCGGGGCAACUUUCUGCAGGAGCAGUACGAGGCCUACUCGCCCAUUUUCAUGCCUGCGACCUUCGCCUUGAGCUACGGUCUCUCCUUUGCCGUCAUGGCUUGCCUGCCCGUCCACAUCUUCUUGUACUACUGGCGCGACAUGUGGAAUGCAGUCAGGGGCGACAGAAAGAAAGACGUCCAUGCACGCUUGCUCAUGAGGUACAAGGAUGUGCCAUGGUGGUGGUUUGGAAUCAUCACUGUUAUAGUUCUGGCCAUCAGCAUCAUUUGCAUGGAAGUCUACCACACAGAAAUGCCCGUCUGGGGCGUCCUCGUUGCUUUCGGCAUGGCCAUGGUCUACAUCAUCCCCGUCGGCACCGUCUACGCCGUGGCGAAUCUCAACGCCAACGUCUUGACUGUGCUUGGCGAGAUCAUCUCAGGCUACUUGCUUCCUGGGAAACCCAUCGUCAUGCUUAUCUUCAAGUUCUACGCCUACACCGCUCUCAGCCAAGCCAUGAACUACUGUUCCGACAUGAAGCUCGGCCUCUACAUGAAAAUCCCCAAGCGAACGCUCUUCGCCGCCCAACUCACAGCCUGCAUCAUGGGCUCUCUCACCCAAAGUCCGUCGUUCCCCUCCCCUCCCCUCCCCUCCCCACAAAAGCACAAGCAAAAAACUAACAUCCCCCCCUCCAACAAAACAAAAGACGCCGUCCUCCUCUGGAUGCUCGGCAACAUCGAAGACAUCUGCUCCUCGGACCAACCCAACGGCUACACCUGCCCCCAAGGCCGCGUCAACUUCACCUCGUCCAUAAUCUGGGGCGCCAUCGGCCCCGCCCGCCUCUACAGCAUCGGCAAGAUCUACUCGGGGCUCCUGCACUACUUCUGGAUCGGCGCCCUCCUCCCCGUCGUCACCUACCUCCUCAAGAAAAAAUUCCCCACCCGCCGCUGGCUCGCCGCCAUCCACUGGCCGCUCUUCUUCGCCGGCACCGGGAAUUUGCCGCCCGCGACGGGGAUCAACUACACGACGGCUUUUGCGGUGAGCUUCGUGUUUAAUAAGUGGAUCAGGGGAAAGUGGCCGCAUUGGUGGGCCAAGUAUAAUUAUGUGCUGUCGGCCGCGUUGGACAGCGGCGUGGCGGUCAGUGCGAUUGUGAUUUUUUUUACGGUGAUUUUCCCUGGUGGCGUGUUUGAUUGGUGGGGCAAUACGGUUAGUGGGACGACGGUGGAUGGGAUGGGCACGCCGUGGAGGGAUGUGCCGGAGAGUGGGACGUUUGGGCCGGAGAAGUGGUAG